CGCGGAGGCGCUGCCGGGAGGCCCUGAGCCAGGCGGCGGCGGCGGCGGCCUCGGCGUGCGCGGAGCCGAGCGGAGCCGAGCGGGCGGCGCCCCCGGCCGCGCUCGGCCCCGGCCACGCUGGCGCCCGGGGACCCUCCCGAGAUGCCGGUGCGGAGCGAGCGGUGCCGUGCGGGCGGUGCGGCGGGCUCGGCCUCCUCGGCGUCCUCCGGGGCGGCCGCCAGCAGUCUGGUGCCGCCGCCCCCCAUCAACACGGCGCAGCCCGGCGUGGCCACCUCGUUGCUCUACAGCGGCGCCAAGUUCCGCGGGCAGCAGCGCAGCAAGGGCAAUGCCUACGAGGUGGAGGUCGUCAUGCAGCAUGUGGAUAUGGAAAAUUCCUAUCUCUGUGGAUACUUGAAGAUUAAAGGCCUUACAGAGGAGUACCCAACCCUCACCACUUUCUUUGAAGGCGAAAUAAUCAGUAAAAAGCAUCCUUUCUUAACGCGCAAGUGGGAUGCUGAUGAAGAUGUGGAUCGUAAACACUGGGGGAAGUUCCAGGCUUUUUACCAGUAUGCAAAAACAUUUAACUCUGAUGACUUUGAUUAUGAGGAUCUGAAAAAUGGGGACUAUGUCUUCAUGAGAUGGAAGGAACAGUUCCUAGUCCCAGAUCACACUAUCAAAGACAUCAGCGGUGCUUCCUUUGCUGGUUUCUAUUACAUCUGCUUCCAGAAGUCAGCAGCAUCUAUAGAGGGCUAUUACUACCAUAGGAGUUCAGAAUGGUAUCAGUCAUUGAAUUUAACUCACGUUCCUGAGCACAGUGCUCCUAUCUACGAAUUCCGAUGACAGCUGUCCAGAACUGAUACUGCACAGAAGAAAACCGGGCAGGAGAGCAUGGCCUGCCAGGAGAACUGUGUCCCUGUUGGAGCACGGGAAUGCACGCUUCUCUCCUGCCCCUCGGACUCACGAGAGAGAGCCUGAAUGUUAACUCACUCAGCCCGAGGAGUGUGGCUGCUGGAGCUUGAUUCUCCCUCCUGUCGAGUGGCGAUUUGAUCUUUAAUCUGGUUUUAAGCUACCUUUAAAUGCACUUUCUUAUUGCACAGCUAGUUUCUCUAUCACUGAAGUUUCUCCCGGCUCUCCUCUGGAAGCUGUUUCUCAGUAGCUGGAAUCAGUGGUCUGUCCUCCAAGUAAUAAGAAAAUAUAAGCUCGGUGCUUAUAUUUUCAUUGUUACGGCCUGAUAAUGGGUUGAAAUCGCCAGGACUCAGGUUUGUGGCCCAGAUUGCCAGCUCUGAUGCUCCCAGAGCCGGGACCCAUGUGUGAGGCUCUGCUUGGCAGAGAGCUGCUCGGCUGCAGAGUCUGUUGGGGGAGUGUUGGCUGAGACAGAUAAGGCUUGAAUGAGUCUUUGCUUUGCGCUGGCUAAUGAGGUUAGCCGGAGCUGCAGAUCUUUCAGGAACGCCGGCCCUUUGGAGCUGGGAGCUGUUCCGGUGUCUGGAUACGCCACUGGGAAUUAAUUUGACGUAUGGACUUCCAGGCUCUCAGUAAAGUGGAUCUGAACUCUGCUUAUAGGUGUAUAUUUGCUCUUUACUUAAGUUAAGGGUAAAAAAGAAAAAAAAAAAAAGGAAAAAAAAAAGACUUUUAUUAAAAAAAAUAUAUAUUUUUAUGGUUCCUUUUCCAAAGGACCCUAUGGCAAGUGCACAAGUACUCGACUACAUUUUACCGUUUUUCACAUUGAAAACCAGGAAUGUCUGUGUUAGUUUUUAUAUACAUGUAUGUAAUCAGCUAGCCGCUUUGGGAAAGUAAUGGGAGUGCAAGUGUUGAGCAGCAUUGCAGGGACAAGCUCUGGGAAUGUUCAGCAUUUGUACUUGCUCUUCAUACUUCACCAACACCACUGCUUGAUACCUUUUUACAAGGCAGAAAAAAAAAAAAACCGGAAAAAACCCAACAACCGACAACCCCCGCCCUCCCCCUCCCCCCCCCCCCCCCCAGUAGCUCUCCUCUGACUUUGAAACGUUUCAAUGGAUAUAACUUAAGGCUUGUGUGCCAAAGUGCGUGUGUAUGGCCGUGUGGUUUUUUUUUUUUAAGACAUUUUAAAAAUUGGCCUUGGUUGUAUAUUUAAUGUGACAGUCCCACCUGCAGGGCUUUUGUGAAGAGUUUAGUUUGCAUUUUCCUGGCUGUUUUAAAAAGAACCCCAUUGAAGCUGGCUUGUGUCAUGCGCUAACCUGGUGGGUGUUGAGGGCGGGUUUGCUGCCUGGGAGAGGAAAGCGAAGCCUCUGCCUGCCUAGCGCCAAGGUGGUUUGGGUUUUCUUCUUUUUAACUAACUUUUCUUCCUAUCUGCAUAGUGUCUGUCUGGUUUAUUGCAGCAGCUGAAUUGCUAGUUUAAGCCUUAACAAGAAAGUAUUCAGGUCUCGGUGAGCCCAUUUCUUCUAUUCCGAGUAAGUAAGGAUCUUGCACGAUCGGAGAAGCGGCAGGGCUGGUCUCAGGAGGUGAUGUGGAAGUCACCUGCCUUGUGUGCUGUUUGCUGCAGAUGAAUCCUUUUCCCCAGCACAAACGGAGAGACACCUGCUACAGCAGAUGGGGGGACACCUGGCCCUUGGUGGCCCCCUGCAAUGAGGGAAGCAUGUGUCAUUGCCCUGGCCGUGGCAGGUAGAUUUGUAGAGUAGUGUGAAGGCAAGUGGGGUUGCGAUUCGAGGUGUGGAGGGAGAGCAGCUACGAGCACAGCAGUUGGGAAGCAGAUUCCCGUUUUAUUCAGCUCUUCUUGGAGAAACUCUCCCUUUGGCAGUGGGGAGAGGAGCUUCCUUGCGGGGGUGCUGGGAGACAUCCUGGUUUUAGUGGUGAAAGCCGGUGGUGCUGCUCUGCUGUGACCAAGUGUGGGGGCAAAGCCUCCUCCCAGGUGCUGUGUGGGCGCAGGGACCCAGCUCCCAGCGGCUCUUCACAGCCCUCCGGAGCCGUCUGUGUGCAAUAUUGGUGGCGGGCACUGGUCUCCUUGGCUCCCCAGGGCUGUCAAUGCCAGUGUGACACUUGGGUUUCUGACGUGAUUUAGUUGAAUUAACACUGUGGUUGUUGGCAGAAGCUGGGUUAGGAAGGGUCCUGGGGUUGUUUAAUGUGUAUAACUACUCCAAACCCUCUGACGUUUUUCUUUUGAGACUUGAUAUGUUGCGAGAAGGGUGGGGAAGGAGCAUCCUGCUCUCUGCCUGUCUCCUUCCCACCAUUCCAAAGCCAAUUUUGGCUGAAAUCCAAAACUGCCGGGGUGAUGCUGCCCCGUGGGACGUGUCUGGUGGGUGCAGAGCAGGUCGUGGAGCAGAGAGGUUUGCCGGGGCUGGUGUUCAGAGCUUUCCUCCUCUAAGGCUUUUGUUUUGGUUUUUGUUUUCUUUUGACCUGUUGUUUGAGCUAAGGAGAGAUGUUACGUAUGUCGUGGUGUGGUGAGAGAGAGCCGACCGGGGGAGGAUCUGGGGUGCAGAGGUAAGAGAUGGGGUGUUUGGCCUUGGAAUAGGCUGCGAUGUCUCUUUUGACCCGCGCUGGCUGCAGAAGGGGGGUACCGUGGGCAGGCAGAGCAGGGGCUGAGGAGGCGUUUUGUGGAGCGAUCGAUGUCCAAAUUAAACAUGAAAUGUAUUUAAGA